AUGAAGCAGACCAUGCUCGAGUUUGAGCUCGAUCUCGACAAGAUGCCGCUUGGAAAGCUGUCCAAGGCGCAGCUGCUGGAGGCCUGCUCCACGCUGAAGGAGAUUGCCGGCCUCAUUGAAGGAGCUUCUGGCUCUGGCUCUGCUGGCUCUUCCAAGUCUACUGCCGCCCAGCAGCCGCUCAGCCUGAACAAGAUGCAGGCGGCGACCAACAAGUUCUACUCGCUGGUGCCGCACAACUUUGGCGCCCAGUGUCCGCCGCUGAUCAAGUCGGCGGCGCAGAUUGCCGCCAAGAUGCAGAUGCUCGAGUCGCUGAUGGACAUUGAGCUCGCCUACGACAUCAUGAAGCAGGAGGGCGGAGAGGGCGGCAGCGCCGAGCCGGUCGACCCCAUUGACGCCCACUACCAGAAGCUGAACACGGCGAUUGAGCCACUGGAUCCGACCAGCAAGGAGUUUGAGCUCAUUCAGACGUACCUGCGCAACACGCACGCCGCCACGCACAGCGGCUACUCCCUCGAGAUUGUGCACGUCUUCAAGGUGGAGCGCGCGGGCGAGGCGGAGCGUUUCGCGCCCCACCGCGCCAACGAGAACCGCAUGCUCCUCUGGCACGGCUCCCGACUGACCAACUUUCCGGGCAUCCUCAGCCAGGGCCUGCGCAUUGCCCCGCCGGAGGCGCCCGUCUGCGGCUACAUGUUCGGCAAGGGCGUCUACUUUGCCGACUCCGUCUCGAAGAGCGCCAACUACUGCGUCACCUCGCCGCACAACAACGAGGGGCUGAUGCUGCUCAGCGAGGUGGCCAUUGGAAAGAGCCAGGAGCUGCGCGACUCGAAGUUUGUCACCAGCCUGCCGAAGAAGUACAGCAGCGUGAAGGGCAUCGGCGAGACGCAGCCCGACCCUUCGGCGAUGCACGUCAUGGAGGACGGCGUGAAGGUGCCCAUGGGGAAGAUGGUGCGCGCCCUCAGCGACAAGCCCUCCUCCCUCCUCUACAACGAGUACAUCGUCUACAGUGAGGAGCAGAUUAAGCUGCGCUACCUGCUCAACGUCAAGUUCAACUACAACAACUAA